AUGGGGUUCAAAGCUCUCUGUUUGGGGCUGUUUUUUGUUUUUUUUCUUUCUUAUAUUCAUGCACCCAUACCAGACAAUGUUGAAGAAAGUUGGAAAAUAAUGGCCUUGGAUGCAGCUGCUAAAGUUUUUUCAUUGAUGGCCAUGUGUAUUGAAAAGAUGGGGAUUAUAAAAUAUGAGGAGUUUAUUUCCAUAAUAUUGAGCCUGGAUUAUACCCAACCACAUUCAGAUGAAUACCUCACAGUGACUGAUACGGCAUUUAUUGACAUUCCAGUACGUUUGUACUUGCCAAAGAGAAAGUCAGAAAUCCCAAGACGAGCUGUAAUCUAUGUUCAUGGUGGUGCUUAUUGUUUUGGAAGUUUCAAGAACAGAGUUUUUGACUACCUGAACAGAUGGACUGCAAACAAACUUGAUGCUGUUGUUGUAAGCGUGGACUAUAGAAAAGCUCCUCAGCACAAAUUUCCUGUUCCGUUUGAAGAUGUCCUUACUGCAGUCAAGUUUUUUCUUCAAGAUAAAAUUCUUACAAAAUAUGGAGUGGAUCCCACCCGAAUCUGUAUGUCAGGAGACAGUUCUGGGAGUGCUUUUGUAGCAGCAGUGACUCAACAGAUACAGAAUGAUCCUGAAAUGAAACAUAAAAUCAAGACACAAGCUUUAAUUUACCCAACAUUACAGAUAAUUGAUUCCUAUCUACCAUCUUUCCGAGAAAAUGAGCAUGGUAUACUUCUGACAAGGGACCUGGCCAUAAAACUUGUGAGUUCAUAUUUAACUGACGAUGAAACAUUUCCCCAGGCAGUAAAAAGAAACCAAUACAUGCCUCUGGAGUCAAAACAUCUGUUUAAGUUUGUUAACUGGAGUAUUCUUCUUCCUGAGAAAUAUAGAAAGGACCAUGUUUAUACUGAACCAAUUCUUGGAAGCCCUGGUUAUUCAUUGCCAGUACUUACGGAUGUCAGAGCAUCGCCCUUGUUGGCCAAUGAUUCCCAGUUACAGAAUUUGCCACUAACCUAUAUUCUUACCUGUGAAUAUGAUAUCUUAAGAGAUGAUGGACUUAUGUUUGUUUCGAGACUUCGAAAUGUUGGAGUUCAAGUUACUCACGACCAUAUUGAGAAUGGAAUUCAUGGAGCUUUAUUAUACACAGUACCACCACUUUAUUUACAUCUAGGUUUUAGGAUAAGAGAUAUGUAUAUUAGUUGGCUGGAUAAGAAUUUAUAAAUAUAUAAUGUAUAUGUAUGGCCCCUAACUUAGUGAGUUGUAAUUUGUGACAUUUUGUAGUUGUUGUGCAAAGACAAAUGUCAUUUGUGCUGUCUAAAUCUAGAUUUGAAUCAGUUGUAACAGUUACUGUGUGUCCUUGAACACUUAGACGGGGCUGAGGAAGAAUUUAAUUUUCAAGGACAUAUUUGCUACAAAUAUAUAAUAAAUCCUUUUGAGAGAAUUCAUUCAGGAAUUCAGAAGCAGCAGAA